CAUGCUUCUCGCCUUCUUCACUGUUGCCGGCCUCGACCUUUUAGGCGUACUCCAAGACAAGACCACCUCCGAAGAGCGACAAGGGUAUAUCGACUGGAUCUAUCACUGCCAGGUGCCUACAGGGGGCUUUCGAGGUUUCACGGGGACAGAUUUUGGGGUGGUCUCUCGAUCGCCACUGAAUGAAGCUUGGGAUCCAGCCAAUGUGCCGUCCACGUUCUUUGCGCUUGUCAUCUUGGUUAUCCUGGGCGAUGAUCUAUCACGGGUGAAGCGCAUAGAAUGUCUGCAAUGGCUCCCUCGGCUGCAGCGCGAGAACGGCAGUUUCGGCGAAGUGUUAGGGCCUGGAGGCAAGAUCGAGGGAGGUGGGGACUUGCGUUUCUGCUGCUGCGCGGCAGGGACGAGGUAUAUCCUACGGGGACUUGGUGGCACAGACAUACAGGGGUUGAGUGAUAUCGAUGUAUCCAAGAUGGCAGCCUUCGUUCAGGCUUGUCAGGCUUAUGACGGUGGCAUGGGAGAAGCACCAUUUUGCGAAGCUCACUCCGGCCAUACCUAUUGCGCGAUGGGCGCUUUGUCCUUUCUAAGUCGAAUGGAGAGGAAUCAUCCCCUGCCAGCAGUUCUCUCACCUGGUGCGAUGGAGUUCGAGUCCUUGGUCCGUUGGUUGAUCUCCCGACAGACGGCCGAGCUUGGUGAAAUAGAGGAAGAGUCUGAUGAGGACGACGAAAAGUGUGAGACUAGUGAGGGUCAGAAACCAUUACCAGUAGCGGCAAGCCAGGUUGUCAACCCUGAAACAGAGGUGGAUGAACUCCCUGCCCUUUUCCCGCCAACAGAGGAGUCAUUGCGAUGGGCCGGCUUUAAUGGCCGAUGCAACAAGAACGCCGACACAUGUUAUUCUUUCUGGAAUCUGGCGACUCUGGCUAUGAUGGACCGGCUAGCGCUGGUCGACGCGGAUCGGAACCGCCAAUAUCUCUUGGACAAGACGCAGCACAUCAUUGGGGGAUUUGGGAAAGGCGUUGGGGAACCACCUGACCUUCUACACUCCUACUUUGGCCUGGUGGCUCUUGCGUUUCAAGGCGAAGAAGGGCUGGACGAUGUUGAUCCAGCGCUGUGUAUCAGCCAACGGGCAGUGAACCACCUGCACUCUCUUCCCUGGUGGCAAGAGAAUAUUUGAACCAUUAGACACUAGACUAGCGGACAAGAUAUCGGGGUGCUGAGGGACAGUGCCCCUGAUCGUGGGCCACUUUCACUACCCACGAUUGGUAUAUAAAUCAACGGACGAGAUACCUCGCCCUAGC